AUGCCGCUAGCUCCCCUGCACGCUCCUCUGAGGGGCCUUACACAUCGUAUGCCAUCGCGGUUGGCAUCAACGAGCAGCAGACAACCUCUCAAAUACUCUGGUCGCAUUCCCAAGCCCGCUCCUCCACCACCAGGUCCCGGCGAGACAAAGACCCCCGACACCCAAGAAGAGACUCAACAAGCCCGCAAAGCCAUCAUGGACUCUAUUCAGGAAGACAGGAAUAAGGACUACAAGAAAAGAUACCGAUCUUUUGCUUUCAAGUGGACUUCCAUCAUCGUCGGCACUCCCUUUGUCAUUUUCUUGACUCCAUACUUGUACAAGAGAGGUGCGCAAAACAUCUUGAAACGAGAUAUACACAACGCUAAUAUCACUAUGCAGUUUUCCUCGGCGAAGAACGAAGAAGACUUGUCGUAG